CAGAGGGACGGAAAGGUCAGACUGAGUCCCGGCACUGAUACACACCGACACACACCGAGAAACACCGACCAACACCGAGACACUUCGGCCUGCUGAAGAUCAAAUAAUCAUCUUCAUUACCCCCUGCCCUCCCCUUCGCCAUGGCAACAUGCAGCUCCGCACCUCUCAUGAAGACCAAACCUCGGCAGCGGCUGGUCAGCAAGGACGGGCGCAGUCUGAUGCGGGGCACCGCAGCCAGCAGAUGGGAGACGUGUACUGGGGCGUUCAGGGACAUGUGGGGGGCAUGGCUCUCCCUGCGCUGGCGCUGGGUGGUUCUGGCAUUCUGCGGUUCAUUUCUCGUUCACUGGCUCCUUUUUGCCGUGUUGUGGUACGCGCUGGCACGCGCCAACGGCGAUUUGGGCGUCGACCACGACAACCCGCCUCCUGGGCACACACUGUGCGUUAAAUAUGUCACGGGGUUCACCGCUGCUUUCUCAUUCGCCCUGGAGACCCAGCUGACCAUCGGCUAUGGGACCAUGUACCCCAACGCUGACUGCCCUACUGCCAUCGCUCUCCUCGCCCUGCAGAUGCUCCUGGGGCUCAUGCUCGAGGCCUUCAUCACUGGUGCCUUUGUGGCUAAAUUCUCUCGCCCGCAAAAGCGCUGCAGCGGGAUCUUGUUCAGCCCUAAAGCAGUGGUGUGUGAGGUGGAAGGUGAGCGACGUCUGAUGUUUCGUGUGUGCAAUCUCCUCUCCAGGCCACUGGUUGAUGUUUGUCUGAGCGCCGUGCUUUACGAGGUACAGGAAGACCAGACCAUCCACCAAACUGGCCUGGAUUUCCUGUUGGAUGGACUGGGAGCACGACCAUGCCCCCUUUUCCAGUCACCGUUAACCUUUUUCCACCCUUUGACCCCAGAAAGCCCUCUUAGCCGUGUCAUGUCACCUUCAGGCCAGUCGCAGUUCGAGUUGGUAGUUUUCCUUUCCGCGUCUCAAGAGGGCACUGGAUCAGCCUACCAGAAGAGGACGUCGUACCUGGCUGACGAGAUUCAAUACGGCCGCCGUUUUACCAAGACAACCGUUCUUCAUGGCAAGCGGCGGAAUAGCAUAGAGGCCAUGCGCUAUUUUGACACACAUGCUUGUCCGCUCAUGAUACCCAACACGUACACCAACUCUCGAGACAAGGAGUGUGUGGUACAGAUCAACGGUGACGGUAGUGAUGCCAUGGAGUAGCUGUAGGUGUUUCCGUGUGUUCUUUUUCUAUUCCUCAUACAAUCAGUGCACACAAAAGGGCAUUUCACUCAACAAGCAUCUCAGAAUGUGUAAAUAUCACUCCAUGGAAAGACGCGUUUGCUAUUUAGUAGAUGAUAUUCACUUAAAAUUUCUGACUGGAGGCUAAUCACUAGGUCAGGGUUUCUCAUCUCCAGUCCCGAAAGUGUUCUCAAGUCCCAAUGCUAAUUAUCAAGCCCUCCAUGAGUUGGACUAAGUUUGGUGAAAUGCUUAAAACUUUGCAGGACAGUGGGCAUUCAGGACUGGACUUAAGAAUCCCUGCACUUAAUAAGACCUGACUGGAUGCUAAUCACUUAGCACUGACUUUGUUCACAGUCAGUACCAAACCAGAUGCAAAGUGAUAAGUAGACCCAACUGAAUAUGAAUAAAUAAUUAACUAGACAGGCUCAUCCCAAACCUUUUAAUAUAUGUUUCAUGUAAAUGCUGCUUUGCAACAUCAGCUUUUUGUCGUGACAGCUCAUUUCACAUGCUAAUUUUGCAAAGUAUACUCAAGCCUACGCAGCUGUCAUGAUGGCAAAACGACAGCAUUACAUGACAUGCCGGGUCAUGUUGUGAUGCUCGGUGUGAUAAGCGUGGGCACUAAACUGUUAUUUCAUGGCAAUAAAUCAUCAUGUACUGAAUACUGAAUGCUACAAACCAGCAAAAAAAUGUCACUGGAUGCUAACGGCAAGCUAAAACCCUUGUUAGCUAAUUAUUUAUCAUUUUAUUGCUCUUUGCUGCUGAUUCACACACUUUCUGAUUUUUUAAUAAGAAGAUGAGAAUAAUAAUGACUUUUUAGUACACAGUGAGGAUACAAAGCUAAAUCAGUAAUGUUUUAUUUC